AGUGUAUCUCUUAUGAAUGGACUUUGUAUAUCAGCUCAUCUAGAACAAGUUGCACUUUUUCAAGGUCAUUGAAACUUAUUAUAAAGAAAGCACAAUUAUAUUAAAUAAUUGUAUAAAAUAAUCAAGUUGUAUAUUCAAGAUGAAGUGGAUAUUAUUUAAUAGUGCAUUCCUAAUGUGUAAUUGUUUCAUUCUGUGUCAAGACAUUGUAUUUCCAAAUGAUGAGGAAUUAUCUCAUGUGAGUGGAAAUAAACCAAUGAUAACAGAGCGUAUUCCUGUGUCAAUCCCGGAUCAUUGUCCAAACAAUAUGCUUGUUUAUCCUGGUGAUGGGAACAAUGUUGCUUGGGUGUGCGAUUGUAGACCAAGAUUUUUGUACUUUCCUUUAAAUGAUUCAUGUCAUGAAGCUUAUAGACAAGGACCUUGUCCUUCACAACAUUAUGUAGUUCUUCCUGAAGGAGAAGCAGUUCCACAAUGUAUUAAGAAUCCAUGUUUACAAGAUGGUUUGGUUAAAUACAAUAAUACAUGUUAUCCUCUUAGAACAAUUGGUGGUCCUUGUGCACCUGGUGUAAUAGGCGUUAAUGAAACUAAUUUUCAAUUGGAAUGCAUAUCAACUGAUAUUGCACCUUUUAUAAUAAUUAAAGCACCUACAAGAAGCUGUCCUCCAGGCAGUCGUAGAACUACACUUGGGUUCUGUAAGACACCAAUAUAAAUUUCUUUUUAUACGAUCUAUCGAAUUCUAGAUAUGAAAGUACUGGAAAAAUAGAAUGGCAUAUUUUUUAAUGAAAAGAUAAAGAAUAUGUAAUGAGUGGAAAUGAAUAAUGAACAUUAUAAUAUACAUUUAUAUAUAAUAAGCAUAUUGUAUAUAUUUUAUUAAUUUUUUGUAAAUUGAAUAUUGUAAUAUUUAAA